AUGCCUUUCGCCAGGUCGGCGAAGCACGUUCUUGAGUUGCUGGAAUACGUAUCUUCUGGCGCUGAAAGCUUUCAAAAAUCCGUUCAAGUUAUAAGUUUUAGUGAUGAUCCUUUCGAUCACAAUACUUACCUUCUGGAAAUUACACCCGCGCUGGCGGAACAACUGGUCUGUCCAAAUGAUUUCACCGCGAAUAUCAAGUCAGAAGGGUGCAAGGGUGGUGAUAGUGCCGCUUUUCUAUGCAAUGGUGCGACCACCCAACGUUUGCUGGAGGUAGAGACCUCGAAUUCCUUGCUUUUGGUGCCUGAUUUAAAAAUACCGGAAAGUCCAUUGGAUAAAUUUUGGUCUGUGGAUGAGCCGAGAAUCACUGAACGCACCAUAGCUUCAAUUAAAUCUGUGUACCUGGAGCUUGUACCCAUCCGAGCGCCGAGUCUCCGUAAACUGAAGCAACUUCUUCUUCCCUCGAGCUUUUCCAGUCAUAUUGAAGAAGAUUAUGCUAAAGAUGGCGCGUCUGAUAAAUUCUUCACAUUUGAGGAAUUGGGUUUAUCGGUUCCAUGUAGCGAAACCGAGUUGCUGUAUGCUAUGGAUAGGCUUAACAUAUUCCUCUGGGAAGGGUGCUGUCGCUUAUUUCAGCUGGAUUACAUUAGUCGCUGCCACUGUGUCUUGGCCUUACAGGUUAUCCAGGCAAUUUUUGACAUGGCUGAUGAAAUAUCACUGGACUGGUCACAAACGGGUUUCGCUGAUCCCCAAGACAUGAUAGUUCGGCUUGAAGGCCUCUACCCUCCAUCCGUUCUCCAUCAGAUAUUUCAACGGUUUUUCUAUCGCAAGAGGUGCGCACAAUUUAAAGCAAUUUUUCCACGAAAUGGGAAAAUUUGUCGUCUCAUUGGAGAGAAUCUAUUGUCGAUCACAAGGAAGUUCGCCUUCAGCGACUUUAUAUCGGUUUGGUGUGCCACAGUACCCCAUGGUAUGCAGCCACGUUUAAACCGGCAUCUCGCUUGCGCUGGUCGCGCUUAUUGUGAUGUCUCCUCUCUCACUCAACAGAGAAGCAUCACUUUUCUUCCAAGUGAAGAUCUUCCUGAUCACUCAGUGGAAGCGCGCCUGGCGGCACUUUUUGCUCGCCAACCUCUGUGGCCUGAAUCUCAACUUGCUGGCUACAUCGCUGAUCUGGUUGUUGAUGCUUCCGAUAACGAACUUCGUUUCGUUUAUCCUAAUUUAAUAUCCGAGAAGGAACUUCUCUUCCUCUCGGAUUCGGAAGAUGAAGAUGAGAUGGCGCUAUCAGAUGAGUUAGAGGAUCCGGAAAAACUUGCUCUUGAUGACCCUCUUCCUGUUCCUGCUGUCUUGGGUGCCCUACUCAAUCAGCACUGUCGUAUAAGCAUUUCCGCCGACGCUGAGCACUAUCGCAAUAUCUCGGAUCUGCGUCACGUUCCCCAUCACUUAGGGAGGGAGAUCUCGAGGGCCAUUUUACUAAAAAACAAUCGCUUCACAAUCUUCACACUAACAUCCUACAUUACGCUUUUUUCGGAGGCCUAUGGGGCUGAUUUUCUCUCCACUUUUCGCCUAACUCCUUCUCCAUUUCUCACGGUGUGGAUAACAGGGUUGCUGAGCAGCUGUAGCCUCACCUCACUCUGUCUCGAUGGUUGCCAAAUGGGUACGCAGCACUCGUUUGUACUGCCUCUGCUUGGUUCCGCCUGUCCGACGCUUCAGUUUCUGUCGCUUCGCUACAAUCACCUCAGCAAUGACGCCGUUCGUUCACUAACCGCAAAUGGUCGGUACUAUAAGUCAUCCAAUAUUACCACAAUAGAUGUCUCGGGAAACCCCUUUCUCAGCUACAGGUCCAUAGCUCUCCUAAUUGCUUUAGGCUCCACUCAGCUGAUUUAUCUGAGCGAUACUGGUGCAUCGAUAUCACAAUUUUCUCUACCUAACGGAUGGAAGUGUCACCGAACUCUAGAACUUGCAACAUCUCGGCCUCCAACUCUACGGGGUUGGUUGUGGGAGGAUUACGGAGUGCACAAUUUCUCAGAAGAUUCCUAUUCUACCCGGUUCUACGAAUCGCCAUUAGUAAUCCUUCGUACCAGAUAA